GGUGACAGCGAAGGUGACCGAGCGAGCACCGGCUUCCUCUCCAGAGCCCUGAGCCCGCCACGCACUCUCAGCCUCCAGCGCAUCUUGAAGGGCAAAGAAGAAGAAGUGCACCGCCAUGGCCCUCCGCAACAGCACCGUCGUUCGCUACUACGACUUCCUCUUCACGGAGCUCGCCGACCCUCGCACCAAUGACUGGCCGCUUAUCGCAUCGCCAGUUCCCGGCCUCACCAUCAUCAUUACGUACCACUACUUCGUGCGCUCCUGGGGCCCGCGUUUCAUGAAAGAUAGGAAGCCAUUCGACCUCAGCACCAUCUUACUCUUCUAUAACUUUAUACAAGUGUGUGUCAGCACCUGGCUCUUCUAUGAGGGAAUGACGGGAGCGUGGCUCACAAAGUACAGCUGGCGGUGUGAACCUGUUGACUUUUCAAGGAAUCCCCAUGCGAUGAGGGUGGCGCGAGGAGUCUACGUGUAUUUUAUUGCGAAACUGACAGAGUUACUGGACACGGUCUUCUUUGUGCUGCGAAAGAAGGAAAAGCAAGUGUCCUUCCUGCAUUUGUAUCACCACACCGUGAUGCCAAUGAUCUCUUGGGGCUGCACCAAGUACUACCCAGGAGGACACGGCACCUUCAUCGGUGUUAUUAACUCAUUUGUACAUAUAAUUAUGUACACAUAUUACCUUUUGGCAGCUCUUGGCCCUCGCUGGCAGAAGUAUUUGUGGUGGAAGAAAUACAUCACCACCAUGCAGAUGGCGCAGUUCUGCAUCGCCUUCAUCCACUCGGCGCAGCUGCUGUGGAUCGACUGCGGCUACCCGUGGUGGAGCGUCUUCUUCACCCUGCCCAACGCCAUCUUCUUCUACUACCUGUUCGCCGACUUCUACAACAAGGCGUACAAGGGCAGCGUCGAGGCGAAGGCGCAGGAGAAGAAGGCGGCGGAGAAGGCGGCGGCCAUCGAGGGCGACAAGAAGCGCUCGUGAGCGCUCGCCGAAGGCAGCUGCCCUUCUCGCCCCGUGCUGCCGGUGCUGCUGCAAGAUUGUCGCCCAGCAGUCUCGUUACGUCACUCCCACAUCGCCACCUUGCCAUUGAACGGCGGUUGCUGCUGCUGCCGCCGCUAACCUACGACCUCGGCUUCGCUGCCACUUCCGAAACGGAAGUAACAGUCACAACCAGCGAAUCGCCCCCCACCCGCGCCACUUCCAUCGCCGUGUGCGCCGAUCGAGCGUCGACAAUUUCACCGGCUGCACUGUAGCUACACAUCGUCUACGGAGCAUAAUGGUCGAGUCAUCUGGAUACUCGUUUCCCUUCCCUGCCUGUGCUUCAAACGAUUGCACUUGUAACUACACUCGGCAUUCAAACCAGGAAGGACAAAUUCAUCCGAGUGCCCUCUCGUGGGCUUCCUCUGCAAUGGCCGUAGAUCCAGGGAGGGAUCUCUUCAUUGACCAACUGUAGGUGCACGCCGUUUCCUCAACAAGGGUCGACAUUCAUGUGGGUGCUUGUGCAGCCUUCAGCACCAGAACAACGUGUGUGCUUAUAGUGCGGGUGGUGUCUCAAUACCUCAAGUACAAGACUUUUGCCAGAACUGCUGAAGAUGCCGUUAUAUGUUGCUCAUUGUAGUGUUGAAAUACAAUUGUAAAUAAGCUGGUUGAAAUAUUGUAGUUAAUAUACAUUAUCUAUUCUGUAGCUCAAUCAUGGUGUGAAUUAAUGGGGAAUAAUAGAUUCGCCCUCUGGGGAGUUAAGUAUCUAUCACCCCUACUGCAAACUAAUAAUUUUUCCUUACCAGGGAUAGAAUUAAUCCAUAUUAGGCGCCUCGUAUUUGGUUUCACAUUCUGAAGUAGUUCAAAUCAAAGAAUUCAAAUCAUGGAAAUUGAAGAACAAAACAUUCCUGAGAACAUUUUUAGGAUUCAUUCACACUGCAUUAUGUAAGCAAAUAUGUUCUUGGUUUCACUCAUCAAUUCUUCCCCUUCUGGAAUUUUGAAGUCCCCCCCUCUAGAGAAGAUACCUCAUUCACAACCUGACCUAAUAUAACUUGUUCUUAGAAGAAAAAAUCAUUGUAAAGUAGCAUUCAGAUUUUUUUUUAAAUAGCAACUUUUGCAUCUAGAAACCUUCCAAGCAGAUUGCAGUUUCAAUUUUGUGGAAGAGUGAAGAAAUAUGAGACUGGAUUGCAUUUCCUGUCAUUGGGAUCUCGUGUGAUUCAUAAGUGGCGAAUGAGCAGCACAGUCAGUCUUGUGACUGAUGUACUGGGACUUAAACCAUGACAUGACCUUUGCCUGAACACAGGCACAAAGGGUUAAUGUUUGUAGAUUACUUAUGUUAUCUUAUAUACUCUACUUUGUGAUAUCUCCAAUGUAAAAAUAAAUUUGUUACUCUACAUAUAGUUGUUUUGGUUGCAAUUGUUACAACAUGCAAGUAAAAUGUUUAAGAUAUAUUUUACAAAAUAUCAGUAGUUCACAUUCCACAAUGACUGGAUGUACCAAAAAUCACAUUUACAUUCAUAAACAUUUGACAUUUAAUUAAAAAUUAAUUACUAUCUAUGAGAAAUCUCUACCUUGUAAGGUAAGAUGAACUAAAAAAACAUUGACAUUGAUAGAAACUUUCAACAAUAUGUCUGUAUUCCCUAUGAUGCUCCAAAAUAAAUUAUGAUUCUUAG